AUGUCUGGACCUGUCGCUGAUAUUGGCCUCAUCGGCCUGGCCGUCAUGGGUCAGAACCUGAUCCUCAACAUGGCCGACCAUGGCUUCACUGUCUGCGCCUUCAACCGUACCGUUUCCAAGGUCGACGACUUCCUUGCCAACGAGGCCAAGGGCAAGUCAAUCGUUGGUGCCAAGACCACCGAGGAGUUCGUCUCCAAGCUCAAGUCCCCCCGCCGCAUCAUGCUCCUCGUCCAGGCCGGCAAGCCCGUCGAUCAAUGGAUCGAGACUCUUCUCCCCCUCCUCGAGAAGGGCGACAUCAUCAUUGAUGGCGGUAACUCUCACUUCCCCGACAGCAACCGCAGGACACAGUACCUUGCCACCAAGGGCAUCCGCUUCGUUGGUUCCGGUGUCUCUGGUGGUGAGGAGGGUGCCCGCUACGGCCCUUCGCUCAUGCCCGGUGGUGAUGAGGCUGCCUGGCCUCACAUCAAGGACAUCUUCCAGUCCAUUGCUGCCAAGAGCGAGGGCGAGGCCUGCUGCGAGUGGGUCGGUGACGAGGGUGCUGGUCACUACGUCAAGAUGGUUCACAACGGUAUUGAGUACGGUGACAUGCAGCUCAUCUGCGAGGCUUACGAUAUUAUGAAGCGCGGUCUCGGCCUCUCCAACAAGGAAAUCGGUGAUGUGUUGACCAAGUGGAACAAGGGUGUUCUCGACUCUUUCCUCAUUGAGAUCACCAGGGAUAUCAUGUACUUCAACGAUGACGAUGGCACUGCUCUCGUCGAGAAGAUCCUCGACAAGGCCGGCCAGAAGGGUACCGGCAAGUGGACUGCUGUCAACGCCCUUGACCUGGGCAUGCCUGUCACCCUCAUCGCCGAGGCUGUUCUUGCUCGCUGCCUGUCUGGCAUCAAGGAGGAGCGUGUCAAGGCCUCCACCAAGCUCGAGUUCGUCGGCCGUGCCAACAAGUUCGAGGGUGAUAAGGAGCAGUUUUUGGAGGACCUCGAGCAGGCUCUCUAUGCUUCCAAGAUCAUCUCUUAUGCCCAGGGCUUCAUGCUCAUGCAGGAGGCUGCUAAGGAGUAUAACUGGAAGCUCAACAAGCCUUCCAUUGCCCUCAUGUGGCGCGGUGGUUGCAUUAUCCGCUCCGUCUUCCUGAAGGACAUCACCGCUGCUUACCGCAACAACCCCGACCUCGAGAACCUUUUGUUCGACGACUUCUUCAACAAGGCCAUCCACAAGGCCCAGCCCGGCUGGCGUGAUGUUGUCGCCAAGGCUGCUCUCCUUGGUAUUCCCACUCCCGCUUUCUCCACUGCUCUCUCGUGGUUCGAUGGUUACCGCACCAAGGAUCUCCCCGCGAACCUCCUCCAAGCUCAGCGCGACUACUUCGGUGCCCACACCUUCCUUAUCAAGCCCGAGUACGCCAGCGAGAAGUACCCCGAGGGCAAGUACAUCCACGUCAACUGGACUGGUCGUGGCGGCAACGUUUCCGCUUCCACUUACCAGGCAUAA